CCCAGAUAGCUACCUUUUAGUCAGCCCCACCUAUAAGUUCCAUGGGCAUCUUAAACUUAACUAAUUUCUUCUUCAAACCCGUAUCUCCUCCUAAAUUUCCCCUGAGUGGAAAGCACUACCUCGGACUCAUUUAUGCAGCCAGAAAUUUGUGUAUCAUCCUGACUACUUUCUUUCUAUCAUCUCUCAUGUCCAACUGUGUCACCAUGAACUCUUGAUUCUAUUUCCCUUAUGCUUUCGCUUAUCUCCUUCCUCUCUGCCACCAUCACGCCUCACCUAACCCUGUUGUCUCUGUUUUUAUUCUUCCUCUCAAACCAUUCCCCACACAGUAGCCAUGUGAUUGUAACAAGCAAGGAAUUUCACAGAUACAAGAAUCUCCAAACACUCAGAUUUGGUGGCAGCAGUGGGAUCUGAAGUGAACUUCUGAUGGCUUCAAGACAACAAGAAACACAGGCAUGGUAUUCCACAAACCCACUGAGUUCUCUGUCUUCCUGCCAUUUCCGAAGGCCAUGGGACAUGGAUUUGAUUGACAUACUUUGGAGGCAAGAUAUAGAUCUCGGGGUAAGUCGAGAAGUAUUUGACUUCAGUCAACGACGGAAGGAGCAUGAGCGGGAAAAACAGAAAAAACUUGAAAAGGAAAGACAAGAACAACUGCAAAAGGAGCAAGAGAAAGCCUUUUUCGCUCAGUUACAACUAGAUGAAGAGACAGGUGAAUUCCUCCCGGUUCAGCCAGCACAACACAUCCCGUCGGAAACCAGUGGAUCUGCCAACUACUCCCAGGUAGCCCACAUUCCCAAACCAGAUGAUUUGUACUUCGAUGACUGCAUGCAGCUUUUGACAGAGACAUUCCCAUUUGUAGAUGACAAUGAGGUUUCUUCAGCUACGUUUCAGUCACUUGUUCCUGAUAUUCCCAGCCACAUCGACAGCCCAGUCUUUAUUGCUCCUAAUCAGGCUCAGUCACCUGAAACUGCUGUCCUUCAGUUAGCCACUGCUGAUUUAGACGAUAUGCAGCAGGAUAUUGAGCAAGUUUGGGAGGAGCUAUUAUCCAUUCCAGAAUUACAGUGUCUUAAUAUUCAAAGUGACAAACUGGCUGAGACUAGCAUGGUUCCAAGUCCAGAAACCAAACUGGCGGAAAUUAACAACAAUUAUCAUUUCUAUUCAUCAAUCCCCUCAUUGGAAAAAGAAGUAGGUAACUGCAGUCCACAUUUUCUCAGUGCUUUUGAGGAUUCCUUCAGCAGCAUCCUCUCCACAGAAGAAUCCAGCCAGUUGACAGUGAACUCAUUAACUUCAAAUGCCACAGUAAAUACAGAUUUUGGUGAUGAAUUUUAUUCCGCUUUCAUAGCAGAGCCCAGUACCAGCAACAGCAUGCCCUCCUCUGCUACUUUAAGCCAGUCACUCUCUGAACUUCUAAACGGGCCCAUUGAUAUCUCUGAUCUAUCACUUUGUAAAGCCUUCAACCAAAACCACCCUGAAAGUGCAACAGCAGAAUUCAAUGAUUCUGACUCUGGCAUAUCACUGAACACAAGUCCCAGCAUGGCAUCACCUGAACACUCAGUGGAAUCUACCAUCUGUGGAGACACACUGCUUGGCUUCAGUGAUUCUGAAAUGGAAGAAAUAGAUAGUUCUCCUGGAAGUGUCAAACAGAAGGGUCCUAAAACACAGCCAGUAAGGCCUUCUGGGGAUACAGUCCAACCCUUGUCAUCAUCUCGGAGGAACAGUGCUCCAGUGUGUGAUGCCCAGUGUGAAAAUACACCAAAGAAAGAAGUGCCUGUAAGUCCUGGUCAUCGAAAAACCCCAUUCACAAAAGACAAACAUUCAAGCCGCUUGGAGGCUCAUCUCACAAGAGAUGAGCUACGGGCAAAAGCUCUCCAUAUCCCAUUCCCUGUAGAAAAAAUCAUUAACCUCCCAGUUGAUGACUUCAAUGAAAUGAUGUCCAAGGAGCAAUUCAACGAGGCUCAACUUGCAUUAAUUAGAGACAUACGUAGGAGGGGUAAGAAUAAAGUGGCUGCUCAGAACUGCAGAAAAAGAAAACUGGAAAAUAUAGUGGAACUGGAGCAAGAUUUAGAUCAUUUAAAAGAUGAAAAAGAAAAAUUGCUCAAAGAAAAAGGAGAAAAUGACAAAAGCCUCCAUCUACUGAAAAAACAACUCAGCACCUUGUAUCUUGAAGUCUUCAGCAUGCUACGUGAUGAAGAUGGAAAGCCGUACUCCCCAAGUGAAUACUCCUUGCAGCAAACGAGAGAUGGCAAUGUAUUCCUUGUUCCCAAAAGUAAGAAGCCAGAUACUAAGAAAAACUAGAUUUGAGCAGAUCUGACCUUUUCUGAGCUAGUGGGGUUUUUUUGUUGUUGUACUGUUAUACUAAAAGCUCCUACUGUGAUGUGAAAUGCAGAAAUAUACUUUAUAAGUAAUUCUAUGCAAAAUUAUAGUCAAAACUAGUGUAGAAAAUAUAAAACUUUAAGAAGCAUUAAAAUAAGUUAUCAGUAUGCUGAAUCAGUAGUUUCACUUUAACUGCAAACUUAAUUUCUUAAAACACCAUUGGGGCUAGUUUCUAUAUACAUGUAAAUACUACAAAAACUCCUUAUUUAUACUGUUCUUAUCUCAUUUGUUACUUUCAUAGAUUUAUAUGAUAUAUCUGGCUAAAAGCAAAUUGUUGCAAAACUAACCACUGUACUUUUUUAAAUAAAUACUGUAUGAACAAAAAAAUGGCAUUUUUUAUAUUAAAUUGUUUAGCUCUAGCAAAAGACAAUUUAGUUGAAAAGCUGGUACUAAUAAAGGAAUAUUAUGACCGUU